UGGCGUUACAUGCUCGGCGGACUUCCGUAUGACACGCACUCACCGGUCAUUCAACCAGUUUUAGGACUCGCAACUGAGUCGUUUAGCGUUUGUAUUUUGUGUUGUCUUCUAGUUUUGGUUUAUGAUUUUUUGUUUACUGAGAACCUUAUCCCAGAAGGUGCCUAACGUUGUGAGCAGGGUCGCAUUGAUGAUGAAGCCGCAGGUUGUUUUCGUGUUGGGCGGGCCUGGCGCUGGGAAAGGGACUCAGUGCACCAGAAUCGUAGAGAAUUACAGCUACACCCACUUGUCAGCGGGGGACCUGCUCAGAGCAGAACGGGGCCGAGAGGGCUCUGAGUUUGGACAGCUCAUCGACAGCUACAUCAAAGAGGGCAAAAUUGUUCCCGUUGAGAUCACCAUUAACCUACUUCGGAAGGCUAUGGAGGAGACCAUACAGGUAGACGAUAAGAAGUUCCGCUUCCUCAUCGACGGCUUUCCCCGAAACAAAGACAACCUACAGGGAUGGACCGCCGUCAUGGACGGAAAGGCGGACGUCAAAUUUGUGCUCUUUUUCGACUGCAGCAACGAGGUUUGCAUCGACCGGUGUCUCGAGAGGGGCAAGAGCAGCGGGCGCACGGACGACAACAGAGACAGCCUGGAGAAGCGGAUCCAGACCUACCUGCAGUCGACCCGGCCGAUCAUCGACCAGUAUGAGAAGCAUGGCAAGGUGCGCACCGUGGACGCCUCCCGCGGUGUGGACGAGGUGUUUUCUGAUGUAAAAGCCAUCCUGGACAAGGAAGGUUGACUGCCAACUGCCAAUAACUGUACCAUUUGCUGUCAACUUUUAGUUAUCUUUUUAUCAACUACAGCUACACUAUGCUAGUCAGUUUAUUGGUCCAGUCAUAUUACCUUUUCCAUUUUUUACGUAUGUCUGUGUACAGUAUGUGUACAGAAUGUAUGAAGAUGAUUGUGUGUUAGAGGUAGAAUAAUGCUGAUUUCGACAAAUCUCUGCUUGUUAUCCAGGAUCAUUAUGUUUAGAGUGGAGGAAGGUCACCAUGGUGGUUGGAUAUCCAUAGCCAAACCUGUCAUACUAGUUGGAAACCUUUGCAAAGGAAAAGGAAGUACCUAAGUAGGAAUGCGCUAAGCUUGAUGUGGCACCUAUUUCACCUAGGAAUACAGUACUGUACUUGAACAGUAAUAGCAUUUAUUGUUCUGUGCAGUGUCACAACUUGAUCUAGCUUCAAGGCAAGCAACUGUUUUUACAGACCAGCUGGCUGUUUUCUGCAAUAGAAAGACACGGGAAGGAAGCCUCCUGUUUAAAUCCAGAGAGUUGUACAUACUCCUCAGGACACAGUGACACUAUAGCUCACAGGCUCUCACUAUGUCUAUUAAAUUACGUUAAACUUGUCUCCUCUUGGGUGAAAUAUCAAAUCAUUGAAAUCUCCCCCGGAGAUCUCCUGACACAAAUUCAAAGACAGUAGAGGAAGCAGAUACAUAAAAGACAACGCCAAAUGUUUUAUCACAUUCAUGUAGGUAUGUGUUGGUAUACCUAUUUUCAAAUCUUAAGGCUCCUUUGGGACUAUUCUGUGUCAUGUUGAGUUAGUGUAUGUUGAACCAGAAGACUUAUCACAAUGUGUGAUGAAGGGGCGCACAAAGAUCUGCUCUGACCUUUUUGCUGCUACUUAUGUUACAUCAUUGAUGGUCAAAAAAGGACCAGUUUUGACAAAUCUGAAAUGUAUUUAAUGUGAUCAAGGAUAUAAAAUAUACAGAAAGCACA